UGCGUGGUCAGUUAGAGAACCUCCCUUGCUCACCAGGAACAGACUGACACCUUAUUCUACCAAAAGCAAGAAGAACACUAAAGGACUUGGUGGACAUGAAAGAGUGAAACGUCUCCAUCCUGCUUCAUAUCUCAUGGUUUAAGGGAGGUUCGGGUGGAUUUUUUUCCAUACAUGCUUAUCUUGGAGGAUUUUAGGAGUGCCCAAGUGUCCUUGAUCUCAGAAAGCAGCCAUGCGUUAUCUUUUCAUUUUAGGAUUCAUAGUGCUUUUACGUAGUUUACAAAUCGAGGCUACCUCGAGUCGCUGCGAUGAGCCACGCACUGUCCGCUACUCCACUUUGUGCACGUCCUGCGCUGCUGCACCUGCUAUCCUCUGCCCACAAGACUUUAAGAGAACUUCUACUGAUGUUGAAUGCCGCUACCAGGUGCAAAUUGGCAUCCGCAUGCUGGAGCUGCCUGGCUGCUCACGCUCCUGUGAGAAAGUCACUACCGUCAAGCGAUGCUGUCCCGGCUUCUACGGGUCUCUGUGUUCACCGUGUCCUAGCGUCUCAGGGAAAGUGUGUAACUGGCAUGGUACCUGCAUGGACGGUUUAUCAGGGAAUGGCACCUGUGUGUGUAAGGAGGGCUACACUGGGUUCGCAUGUCAAAAAUGCUCAGAUGAGAAGACCUACGGUGAGCGCUGCAGCUCAGUGUGCGAUUGUGUGCAUGGAGAGUGUAAUUCGGGUCCAGAUGGAGAUGGACAGUGUUACUGUCAGCCACCAUAUUCGGGACCAAAGUGUGACCAAGUUACAUCCUCCUGUUCAGAUUGCGGCCCCUACUCAUAUUGUAAAGGAGAGGGUGCAAGCGCUCAGUGCGAAUGCCUUCCGUCAUUUUCAAAGGUUGGAAGAAGCUGUGUAGGUGUUUGCACGAAGAACAUUUGCGACAUAAAUGCAGAUUGUUCGUACAAGGGUGCAGGGAAGUUUCAGUGCACAUGCAAAACUGGCUUUGAGGGAGAUGGCAAAGUCUGCACACCGAUCGACUCAUGUUCUGACAAUAACGGCAGAUGUCCGGGAUUCUCCACUAUCUGUGAAAACACAGGGCCAGGCCAAUCUAUAUGUGUGUGUAAGAGCGGGAUGGAAGGCACAGACCCUCGUGCUGGCUGUAGGCUGAAAUCCGCCUGUAAGGAGAACACGUGCCAUCGGAGUGCACAGUGUGAAACUGGCCAGGAAGGAAUAGCCAGAUGUGUUUGUAGUCCUGGACAGAUCGGCGAUGGGUGGCGCUGUUAUGGAGAUAUCAUGGAACGUGUUUUGGAACUGGAUCGGGAAGGCAGCCAGGCAGGAAACCUCACCGGAAGCAUUGCAUUGUUUGAGAGAGGAUGUAAUCUCAUUCUGAGCAAGCAUGGGCCAUUUACAGCCUUUAUCCCAAUGGACACAUCACAAAUAUCUACUGGCAAAAUUAAUCAGGCAAGAAGAGCAGAAGCCAUCUGCAAACACCACCUCAUUCUCGGCCAACGUCUUUACAAAGACUUGGAAGGUCAAGAUUUAUGGACAUAUGGAGGCGAACUAAUGAGAUUUAAACCAAACAAGAAGUUUAUUUCAAAAAACGAUCCUGAUACACUGUUCACGAUCAUCAAAAGUGACAUACCUGCAUCCAAUGGAAUUAUUCAUAUAGUGGACAAAGUGUUUACUUUUGCUACUGUUGACACUUCUGACAGUGCUGAGUUCAUCUCAAAAACCAUCGGGGACAUUCUUGCCGAAGAUGCCAGAUUCAAUAGAUUUGUAUCUCUGAUAGAUAACUGUGGAGCUCCAAUGCCACUCCAAGGUCCAGGGCCACUCACACUGUUUGUCCCAUCCAAUAAAGCUGUGGACAGAUCUAGGGAUGGUAGUAUUAUAUACAUGCUAAAGGAUGCCAAGCACAAACUUCAGGCGCUUCUGAGGCACCAUAUGUUCUCCGAGGCAGCAGUAACUGUGGACCAGCUGGCAAGCAUGACAGAGAUCCAAACCAUGGCUAAUCAAGUGAUAACGAUCAAUGUCACUGGCGAUGGAAGAGUGUUACUCACUGAAAAAGGAAUACAUCUUGAUGUGAAAGAUAUCGUUGCAUCCAAUGGAAUCAUUCACAUGAUCGAUGGACUUCUUGUGCCGCCGUCCAUUGUUCCGAUCCUGCCUCAUCGGUGUGAUGUUAAUGAGACCACCAUCAUUAUGAGUCCAUGUGUAAUGUGCAAAUUCAUUUCUGAGUCCCAAUGUCCACCUGGAACUGAAGAACAGACAGGCCAAGUUCAUAACUGCGAUCCUCUUCCUGAUCCACGAUGGAGUGAAUUUACCACCGUACGAGGCUGUGCAAAAUACUGCAAAACAAAACGAACGAGGCCUGAAUGCUGCAAGGGUUUUUUUGGGCCUGACUGUAAACCCUGUAUUGGAGGUUUCCAACACCCAUGUUAUGACAAAGGCACUUGCACUGAUGGCAUUUAUGGAGAUGGCUCCUGCAAAUGUAACCCAGGCUUUAUGGGCAUCGGCUGCCACAUCUGCUCUAACCCAAAGAAACAUGGAGAAAACUGCAAUGAAGACUGCCAAUGUGUUCACGGCGUGUGUGAUAACAGGCCUGGCAGUCAGGGUGUGUGUCGCAGGAACUCCUGUCUGUCUGGAUACACUGGAGAGCUUUGUGAUCGCACAGCCACGCUCUGUGAUUCAGACGGAGUCUCUGAACACUGCCAUGUCCAUGCUUACUGUACACAGACUAACGGCAUAAACAUGUGUGUGUGUGGUCCUGGAUAUGAUGGCGAUGGAUACUCCUGCACUGAAGCCAACCUGUGCCUCAAACCGGACAGAGGAGGCUGCCACAUAAAUGCACAGUGUGUGUAUGCCGGCCCUGGAAAUGUGUCGUGUGUGUGUAAUGAGGGAUGGACAGGUGACGGUGUUCUGUGUGUGGAGAUCAACAACUGUUUAACAGCGGAUCGUGGUGGGUGUCAUAAACAGGCUGAAUGCACCUACACCGGACCUGGCAAGAGUGAAUGUGCCUGUAAGAAAGGAUUCACGGGAGAUGGCAUCGCGUGUCAGAUGGUUAACCCCUGCCUGACAGACAAUGGAGGCUGCCACGCCAUGGCAGAAUGUUCAUUUAAUAGCAGUGGCAUACGCGAGUGUAUUUGUCCAAAUGAUCACGCAGGAGAUGGCUUGACAUGCUAUGGGAAUAUGCUGAUGGAACUAGAUGAAAACUCAGACUUCUACACGUUCAACCGCUAUCUUCACAGACACCCAGUGAUCAGUGCUGAGAGCAACGUGACUGCUUUAGUUCCGUCCCAGACUGCGUUUAGAAACCUGACUGAUUCAGAGCAGCUGUUUUGGACUGACUAUUACCGCCUUCCUUACCUCCUGCAAGCUCACUUUCUGGAUGGCAUUUACAGCUAUGAUGACCUGAAGAAGCAGGUCAAUAAAACAGUCCAAACCAAAUCCAAGACAAAAUGGGAGAUCACAAUUAAAAACGGGGAGCUUAUGAUUGAUAACGCUGUGAUUCUUGUCCCUGAUCUCCAAGCAACCAAUGGAUUCAUUCACAUCAUCAAUAGGGUUCUGAAACCACCCAUUUCCGACCUCCCCCCUCCUCCCCCUGACCUGAUGGAGGUCCUCAAUAAGACUCCCUCAUUCAGCCUCUUCAGAGAAGCAGCACUGCGGUACAAUUUAACAGAAAGUAUCACAACGAGGGACUUCACCGUCUUUGUUCCAUCUGACCGUGCAGUUAAGGAGUACCUGGAGAAAACUAAUUCUACACGUCUGGACGAAAACAUUGUGAAAUAUCAUGUCAUUUCAAGAGAGCAACUUUUCCCCGAACACUUGACUGACGGGACGUUAAAAAAUACCCUGCUUGGAAAUGAGUAUCAAAUCAUGGUUCACUUAAACAGUGAAAAUAAGACGCUCAUUAAUGAUGUAGCAUUGGAUGGGAACUUCACCGAGAUUAGACACGGUGUCAUUAUCAGCAUCUCCCGGGUGUUAGUGAUUCACAAAAACUACUGCAGCAGAGACAUGUACAUGAAAAGCUUUGGAAGGUGUAGUGCGUGCAACUCGGCUCCCAAAUGCACCUUCGGCAGCAAGCCUGUGAAGGAUGCAUUCCCUCUGAAUAUGAAGCCCAACUGUAAAUACAGGACAAAAGUAGGAAAAAGGAGAACGUCAGUACCAGGUUGCAUGAUAGACUGUAUAAAAAAAAUCAAGGAUCAUUCCUGCUGCCCAGGAUACUUUGGACGUGAUUGUUUUAAAUGUCCUGGAAAUGUGGACAACUGGUGCUCCAACAACGGCAAAUGCCAGGAUGGCCUUUGGGGCAACGGGGAAUGUCUGUGUAAUGAAGGGUUUCAUGGCACAGCAUGUGAAAUGUGUGAGCCUGGAAGAUAUGGCAAAGACUGCAAAUCAGAAUGUUAUUGUGGGCAUGGAAAAUGUCUGGAUGGCAUAGAUGGGAAUGGCCGGUGCAUCUGCUACAAGGGUUGGAAAGGAGUGAACUGUUCUGUAGAGAUCGUUAAUGAUGAAUGCGGAGGGAUUUGCGAUUCAAAUGCCAACUGUUUUUCUCCGAGUUCAGGAGUAAAACCGACAUGUGUCUGUGCGGCAGGUUACCAUGGAAACGGCACCUUCUGUCAAGAAACUGACUUGUGUGCCGUCGGUAAUGGUGGCUGCUCAGAACAUGCAAUAUGCACAAAAAUCUCACCUGGAGAAAGGAGCUGCACAUGUAAGAAAGACUACACUGGAGAUGGAACUGUGUGUCUAGAGAUGGACCCCUGUCUAGUUAAUAAUGGAGGAUGUUCUGAAACCACAGAUUGCAUCAAAACUGGACCUAACACAGCUGCAUGUGUUUGUAAAGCAGGCUACGCUUCAAAAAGAAAUUUCUGCUUGCCGAUAAAUCUCUGCUUAAAGGACAACGGAGGCUGCAGCCCCUACGCUAUGUGUCAAUACAUUGGCCCGGGUGAGAGGAACUGCACAUGUCGAUAUGGCUACAAAGGAAACGGUAUCGAGUGCAUGGGCACCAUCAGUAGAGAGCUUCUUCACAAACAGGCUGCUAAUUGGUUCCGGAGAAAUCUUGUACAAUCAAGAGUCAGGGAUUUGUAUACUCGGGGGCCGUUCACCUUGUUUUUACCUCACUCAGAUUACAUUGGAAACUACUCGAUUGCUCUAUGGGAGCUUAAAAACCGCGUCCCAGAUCUGUUGCGAUAUCACAUUGUAAGCUGUGAAGAAGUGUCUGAAUCCCAGCUUAGGUCUAUCACACGUCUGGUCACUGCUUCAGGGCAUGUGUUGAAUUUCAGCGUCCGAGAUGGUGCUGUGUACAUUAACGGCGACACAAAAAUAGUCACUAGUGACUACGAAUGUUCCAAUGGAGUCAUACAUUUCAUAGAUAAAGUCCUCAUCCCGUAUGAACUGAAGAACAAAACUAAGGCGGUUGAACACAAUUGGAAUAUUACUAAUGCAGCAGAAGCAUAUGGAUAUACCAUGUUUAGCAAGUUGCUACAGAAAGCCAACUUGAUGGAUAUGCUGCAGCAUACAGCAUUUCACCCUUUCACCAUGUUCUGGCCUACUGACAAAGCAUUCAAUAGUCUGCCACAGGAGCAGAAAAACUGGCUGUACAGUGAAGAUCAUCUUGACAAGCUGCAGGCCUACUUGAAAUUUCACAUAAUUCGUGACCAGAGAAUAGUCGCUAUUGCCCUGCCGACAGAAAAAACUUCCCGAUCCAUGUAUGGAGCAUGGCUGACUUUCAGUUGUAGCCCAGAUUUAACUGGGGAAAUUUUACUCAAUGGAAAUGAUGCCAAGAUUGUAGAACGCCACCUGGAAUUCAAUUCGGGAACGGCACACGGGAUCGACAAGGUUCUAGAACCCCCAAAUAUAGGAGCACACUGUGAUGACUUUUCAGCAAUUGAGAUCAAAGGUCGCUGUGGAUCUUGUUUAUUUGCACCACCUUGCCCCUACGGCACUGUGUACACUAACAAAACCAAUGUGUGUAGCAGACCAUGGAACCCUUACAGAAGCCAUUUCUUUUAUGAGGACUUUGAUCUCCCUAGCCGUUACAAUUUUAAGCCGUUCGGCUGUAACCGCAUGUGCUCAAAAAUGUCCUGGGUUUCAAAGUGUUGUAAAAACCACUAUGGACAAAACUGUCAAGUCUGUCCUGGAGGAUUGGAGUCACCUUGUGGAGAACAUGGUGAUUGUGAUGAUGGGUCAUUUGGAACAGGGAAUUGUAAAUGUCACAAAGGUUUUAAUGGGACAGCAUGUGAGCUGUGUGAGAAGAACCAUUAUGGCUCGAACUGUACAGCCUGUACAUGUACCAGUAAUGGGAAGUGUGACGAUGGCAUAGAUGGCGAUGGCAGCUGUUUCUGCCAGGAAGGCUGGACAGGAGUGAUGUGCGAGUCCAAAAUCGGUGAGAAGCCUGUAUGCUCUCCUGAGUGCCACUCCAAGGCUGUGUGCCUGCCUGAGAAUCAGUGCCAGUGUGAACCCCCAUAUGUAGGAAACGGCUAUAAUUGCACAGCUCCAGAUUUGUGUAGUGAAUAUAAUGGAGGCUGCCACGAGCAGGCUGACUGCACCCAGUCUGAGAUCAAUGUGAAAUGCACUUGUAAAUCGGGCUACAAUGGAGACGGCAACGUUUGCUCUCCCGCCAACCCCUGUGUUGAGGAAACUAAUGGUGGCUGCAGUGACUUUGCAAACUGCAUUUUCAUUGGACCUAAUGAGCGGCGAUGUGAAUGUCUUGAAGGGUACGUGGGCAACGGAGACCACUGCUUUGAGAAGGUUGUGCCGCCUGUCGAUCGCUGUCUGGAGAACAAUGGAGACUGCCAUGCUAAAGCCAUCUGCAAAGACUUGCAUUUUCACACCAAAACAGCAGGUGUCUUCCACCUGAGAUCACCAGCUGGGAAGUAUAUGAUGAACUACAGUUCAGCAGAGGCAGCCUGCAAAGCUGAGGGAGCCACACUCGCUACUUUGAACCAGCUCUCUGAUGCCCAACAGAUGGGAAUGCACUUGUGUGUUGCUGGAUGGAUUGAUGGAAAAAAAGUUGGUUAUCCAAUCCGCUUUCCAUCUGUCAAAUGUGGUGACAAUCAUGUGGGUGUAGUCCAGUACAAGGAUCCUGAUGUAAACGCUCCUUAUGACGCUUACUGCUACAGAAUCAGAGAGGUAACAUGUGAAUGUAGACAUGGAUAUGUUGGUGAUGGAGAAUUCUGCAAUGGAAAUCUCGCCUCUGUCCUCGCUACCCAUUCAAACUUCUCUGUAUUUUAUACUAUGUUAGUGAAGUAUGCAGAGACUGCUGAGGAGGGGAAAAAGCUGUUGGACUUCCUGUCAACAAGUUCAUCAAACAUAACACUUUUUGUGCCACAUAACGCAGGAUUUUCUGCAAAUGAGACUCUGUCACUAAGGGAUAUGGAAUAUCACGUAUCCUCAAACAACAUCCUUCACUACUAUGAAGAUCUGAAACACAACACAGCAAUCCCAUCUCGGCUGGGUUAUAAUCUUAAAGUCUUAAUAGCAGCAGACAACCAAACCCAAGCUGAGGAUCCUCUGCCUGUCAAAUCGGUCAAUAAACGGACAAUUUUAAUCUGGGAUAUUCCAGCCACUAACGGCCUGAUCCACAUCAUUGAGGGACCGAUAAAAGCACCUCCUGUUGUUGUGACCCCUCCAACUCCUUCACAUGUCCACUCGAGGUCCAGUGCACCCACUGUGACUGCCAUAUUGAUCGUUAUUUGUAUUGGAGGUGUUAUUGCUGGUGUGGCAUAUUAUUUCCUGAAACACAAGAAUGAUGCUUUUAGCUUCCAGUAUUUUAAGAAUGAUGAUGAAGAUGGUACUUCCACUAAGACCAAUGCCAAUCCUGCUAUAGUGUCCAUCCCAAACCCUUUAUACAGUGGCUACAGGGCAUUCACUGAGCCAUUUGGGGAAGGAGAACAAUGUGAAUCACCUGCCUCGGUUGAAGCAAACACACCGAACCUCCUGGACUAGCACCCGGAAUCGAUGUAUCAGUAUCAGAAUCAGAAUCAGAAUGGAUGUAUCGGAAUUUUGCAAACAUUUUCUAUAAGCAUGUUGUGUCUGUUAUAUGAGCCUUAACUUUUCCCCCUUCAGCCUUGUUCAUUAAUUAAAACUUCAGUCAGGCAGAAUACAGUCCAAGAACAGAGCUGAGUAAUUGACGCUUAAGGUUCUUCCUCAAUGGCCCAACAUGGUUUCUCAGUCUGCCAUUUAACAAAUUUGUCCAUUGUCAGUUCUCAGCCAGUAAAAAUGGUUUGAAUCCAGAACCAAAAAGCUGCUGCUUCUAAUUAUCAGUGACUCAACAGCUUGGGUAGGCAUCAUUUCAUAGUCAUAGAAUUGUGUCAAGUUAUUUCCAAAACUGCCAGUAAUAUAAGAUGUCUUAUAUUACAUCUUAAUGUUAAGUGAUUUGUUAGAAAAGAAUUGCAACAAUUAAUCAGUAGUUCAGUGAAGUGCUAAUAUCAAUGCUAACACGGCUAAUAUUAAUGCUUCCAAAGAUCUAUUCAGAAUGAAUAGCGAAGUCCAUCUUUUGUGUGAUUGUAAUUAUUGGCUUAGUGAUGUCUCUUUGCUGUUGCCAGUAGGAAUGUGGCCCACUUCUUAAAAAAGUUUGCUGGUUCCCAGUUCAAGUACUAGAACCAUGUUGGAGGAAAGGUCUAUGGCAAGCUUAGGUUUUGAAGAAAAACCCUCUGAUCACUAGAGUCAAUCCAUAUUGCUACCAUUGAAUUUUUAAUCUUCACUGCACUGUUUGAUAUGGAUGGUGUCACACUUUCUCCUGUAAUACUGUGUAUAAAUAGAAACAGAGGCUGCUAUAUUGCAUAUGUCUGCCAAAUUUAACACAAUCUGCUUCAGUCAUUUGCCAAUAUAGAGUUGAGAUGGUCUGAAGAACACCACUGCCAAACACAGAACAAAGUGUUCUUUAAUAUAACAAUGUUCCCCCUUACAAAAUAAGCCAGAAUGUUGUUGCUCAGGUUAACUUAAGAACUAAUCCCACUGGUUUGAUGGUGGUGCGGUUUCGGCCGUUUAUGACUGGCAAUGUUAAUAAUCACCAUUUGGCCAUGUGUUACUUCAUAACACUAACAGAUUGCUGCCUGGAAAUUUUGGCUGAUCCAAAAUGUCACACUCCAGCUGUAAUUUGAGAGAGUUAGCAGAUUAGUUUGCUUGCUUGCGUAUUCAUUAACAUGUAACAGGGAUAAGGCUUCGGCUUUGAUGAAAGAGGUUGUUCAUGUCAAAAAAAAAAAAAAAAGUACACCGAUCAGGCACAACAUUAUGACCAACUCUCUAAUAUUGUGUUGGUUCCCCUUUUGCUGCCAAAACAGCUCUGGCCCAUCAAGAAAUGGAUGCCACAAGAUCCCUAAAGGUGUGGUGUGGUAUCUGGCACGAAGAUGUUAGCAGCAGAUCCUUUAAGUAUUGUAAGUUGUGAGGUGGGGCCUCCAUGUGCCCUCGCAACCUACAGGAUAUAAAGGAUCCUUACAGAACUUACAGGAUGUAAAGGAUAAUUUUGAUAGAUACUGACCACUGCAGACCAGGAAGAGCUGCAGUUUUGGAGAUGCUCUGAUCCAGUCGUCUAGCCAUCACAAUUUGGCCCUUCGUCAAACUCGCUCAAAUCCUCAGCUUCGUCCCUGGAUGCCUCAUUUGUAAGUUAUCAUGAAUAAAAUCUUCGAAUAUCUGCAGAACAUCUCUUAAGCCAAAAUGGAGAAUUACAACUAUAGACUCGUAUUGCAAUGCAAUUGUAAUUUCAUUCAAGAUAUAUUAUAAACAAAUUUAAAUCUGAAUGCUGAAGCCACUUUUUUUUAGCCUCAUAUUACACUGGUUCAAUCCAUCCAUCUGUUCGAAACACAUCUGACAAAUUAAAAGCUUCUCAAAAUGUAUGUGCUCCAUGUUCUUCAUAUACACCCAGUCAGUAAGUCUUAUUAGUGAUCAGGAAAUAUAGCUGCUGUUCAGAAUAAACUGAAAAACAAAGGUAUUAUAAUAUAUAUAUAUAUAUAUAUAUAUAUAUAUAUAUAUAUAUAUAUAUAUAUAUAUAUAUAUAUAUAUAUAUAUAUGUGUAAAUGGGAAGGAAAAAAACAGAAAAAUAUGAAUUAUGAAAUGAACCUAAGACCAAAGCUAAGGGGAACGCACAGUCAUUCGCAAAGAAAAAUACAGGAAGUCAAAUUAGCAUAUUAAAUGUGAUACAGCAACCAGAUUUAGCCUGGCUAAAAUGAAACACAUUGGACAAAUGCAUGUGGUUGAAAUCCUAUCUAAUUAAGGAACAUAACACCUGAAACUGAGUGUAAAUGGGUUCAUCGACUCAUCGAUGAACAAACCUACAUGCUUUGUGUUUUGAAUGAACUGUUACCAUGCAGUAUAUACAGAUCAGGCAUAACAUUAUGGCCACCUAAUAUUGUGUUGGUCGCUCUUUUGCUGCUAGAACAGCCCUGACCCAUCAUGCACUGUGUAUUCUGACACCUUUCUAUCAGAACCAGCAUUAACUUCUUCAGCAAUUUGAGCAACAGUAGCUCGUCUGUUGGAUCGGAUCACACGGGUCAGCCUUCACUCCCCACGUGAAUCAAUGAGCCUUGACCGCCCAUGACCCUGUCGCCGGUUCACCACUGUUCCUUCCUUGGACCACUUUUGAUAGAUACUGACCACUGCAGACCGGGAACACCCCACAAGAGCUGUGGUUUUGGAGAUGCUCUGAUCCAGUCGUCUAGAACAAUUUGGCCCUUCGUCAAACUCGCUCAAAUCCUUACGCUUGCCCAUUUUUCCUGCUUCUAACACAUCAACUUUGAGGACAAAAUGUUCACUUGCUGCCUAAUAUAUCCCACCCACUAACAGGUGCCAUGAUGAGGAGAUAAUCAGUGUUAUUCACUUCACCUCUCACUGCUCAUAAUGUUAUGCCUGAUCGGUGCAAAC